CUUGCGCCCAUGAACAUAAAUACCUCAUCAGUUCACCCUCCAUCACAACACCCAACGUCACUCAACUCUCUCUCUCUCUCUCUCUCUCUCUCAGUCAGAGCUCUAACACAAUCCUAGAAAUGGCCCUUACGAAGCCGAACAAACUACCACAAGCUGCAGUCAUCAAGCAAAUCCUCAAGAGAUGCUCAAGCUUAGGCAAGAAAUUGCACGGCUAUGACAUCAAGGACGGCCUCCCGUUCGAUGUGCCGAAGGGCCAUUUCACCGUCUACGUUGGGGAAAGCAGGAGCAGAUAUGUCGUCCCAUUAUCUUUCCUAUCUCAUCCCGAUUUUCAGUGCCUUCUCCAACAAGCCGAAGAGGAGUUCGGAUUCGACCAUGACAUGGGCAUCACGCUUCCAUGCGAGGAAGUUGUUUUUCAGUCUCUCGCGUCCAUGAUUAGAUGAGUCGGAGAUCAAGGAGAUGGUGUGUUAGGAUGGUGGGGUUUUGCAUAGAGAGAAGAUGUUCAAGAUGAAGCUCGCAAAAGACUGAAGCUUCUCUUUUUUUAAAUACUUCUCUCUGUGAUUAAUCCUAAUUUUUGGACCCAUUGGCAUUGGGUUCUAUUGUUUCUAACGGCUCUCUUACUUUUAAGUCCCAGAUAUAUUUUCUGGGCUUCAUUUGUAUAAAGUUGGAGGUUUUCCCUCAUCGAAGUGGGUUUUGCACUUGCUGCCUUUGAUUGAGAGGAGAAGAUGAGGACUAAAUGUAAGCUGUGGGUGAUUAAGAUGGAUUAAACGAAGAUGACUCUCUCUCU